CGACUGCUGCUAGUUGCGGGCGAGUGCAAGGCGCGUGCAUAUCUCGAAGAAAAAGUGCUGAGCCCAAAGACUGAAAAAAGUUCUAAAAAUAGCUUUGGUGUGUAACUCACGCCCACAGAGUCGUCAACCUGGCUGGGAGCAACAGCCUCACGAUUGACCGCCAGCACUACCAAAAGACUGAAACGCCGUCCAGCCAGCGAGCAAAGGGGAAGAUGGCCAGUACCGGCGAGAUCUGGUUGCAGUGGUUCUCCUGCUGCUUCCAGCAGCAGCGCUCCCCCUCCCGCCGCCCACACCAACGCCUGCGCAUCGACCGGUCCAUGAUCGGCAAUCCCACCAACUUCGUCCACACGGGCCACAUAGGAUCGGCGGACGUGGAACUGUCGGCCAACCGCCUCAACGCGAUCUCAACCCAGAUGCAGAGCAAGGGCGGCUACGAGACCAACUCGAUACACUCGCUGCAUGUGAGUUGACUUUACCAGCCGAUUGGUCACCUAUACAGGCCUGCUGAUGGAAGCCCCCAAUCACCUCGCUAUAUCCCCGCUAUAAAAUGCAUUUCGUGCAAUUUUUUUUACUGAAGGGAGAGAAGCAGCAUACAAACUUUUUACAAUUCUUUGUUGUGGCGUGUUAUCAGGCGAAGAUGGCAAAAAUUAAAGGGAGGAAGGUGAGCAAUGCUGGAAAUCAUAAGAGAUGUGAAAAAGGCGAAUUUGAAUUAGGAUCCAGAUAAAAAUCAGACGUCUACCCGACAACGGAUUUCAUUCCGGCUUAAAUCGCGGGCCCCUUGCGUUCCAAUUACAGAGUUUGCGCUGAUUUGCUUUUUGUGAGUAUUAGCUAAAUGAAAAAUCGCAAAAAGAGUGCCAACCGACUAAAAACAAUAAAGAGUUAAGCCUAAAACGA